AUGAGUAGAAAUAUGGACACUUAUAAUUGGGGUUCGGCCAAAAAACGUUACGAAUGGAAGGCCGAAUACUCUUCUUCAGGAGUAGCACCUAGAGAUAUGGCCUUAGAGAAAGAGUUAUUCGGCGAGGAAAACCACAUGCACACCGGCCUUAACUUUGACAAGUAUGCUAGUAUUCCCGUCAAAGUCAAAGGUGACAACCCUCCCCCAGGUUUCGAACGUUUCGAGGAAACCAAUCUUCACCCAUGUAUGAAGGAAAAUAUCGCUUUGGCCCGUUAUAGUAUUCCUACUCCUGUACAGAGAAAUAGUAUUGCUAUUGUAACUGCCGGUAGAGAUUUAAUGGCGUGUGCUCAAACCGGUAGUGGAAAAACUGCCGCUUUUCUCAUUCCUACCUGUUCAGCUCUAUUUAGUCAAGCUAUGACUCUGAUUGCCAGACCCAAUGGUCCUCAUGAUGCUCGACAUUUCAAGUGUCGUCCUUUAGUGCUAAUUAUGGCACCCACUCGUGAACUUUGUGUGCAAAUCUUCGAUGAAUCUCGUAGAUUUUGCUACAGAAGUAUGUUGAGACCUUGUGCUGUAUAUGGUGGAGCUGGUGUACAAGGACAAAUUAGAGAAAUUGAAAAAGGGUGUGAUGUAUUGGUUGCAACGCCAGGAAGAUUGGUGGAUCUUAUUGAUCGCGGUAAAAUUGAUUUGAGUAACUUGAGAUACUUGGUCCUUGAUGAGGCAGAUCGUAUGUUGGAUAUGGGUUUCGAGGGCGCUAUUAGAGAAAUCGUGGAGAGAAAGGGUAUGAACAAAAAUAGAGUGACAUUGAUGUACAGUGCUACUUUCCCGAAAGAAAUCCGUGGUUUAGCUAGAGAUUUCCUCAAGCCUAACUACUUAUUCUUGAAGGUUGGUCGUAUCGGUGGAACCACCACAGAUAUUACCCAAAAAGUAAUGUGGGUAGAGGAACAAGAUAAGCGUCAAAAAUUGAGAGAAUUACUCAUGUCCCAACCAGCCUGUCGUACUCUCAUCUUUGUGGACACAAAACGUAAUGCUGAUUCGCUGGAUCAAUUCUUAUACGAAAGCAACUUUCCUGCUACAUCUAUUCAUGGUGAUCGUUCUCAAAUGGAGCGUGAAGACGCUUUGUUGGCCUUCAAGGCAGGUACAUGCCCUAUCCUUGUCGCUACAGCUGUUGUCGCUCGUGGUAUUGAUGUUAAGAAUGUUAUGCAUGUUGUUAACUAUGAUAUGACCAAUUCAAUCGAUGAAUAUAUCCAUCGUAUCGGCCGUACAGCUCGUGUGGGAAAUGCCGGUCUUGCAACUAGUUUCUUCAAUAACAAUAAUUCACCUGUCGGAAGAGAUCUUACAAAGUUGUUGAUUGAGUGUAAACAACAAGUACCCGAAUUCUUGGCCCGUUAUCGCACAAAUGAUAUGCGCUUCAGAGACGACGAGGAUGAUGAUUAUUAA